AUGGAACAAUUUGAAGAGAAUAGUGAGUUUGAAAUCUCCGCAGAAAGAAUCACGGAAAAAAUCCGAAAUAUAAAAGCGAGAUUUCUUAUAAGCAUCAGCUUGAAGAGACGCCCCCUGUUCUACAUCUUCACUGUCCUGCUCCCCGUGGCCCUCCUCCACUUCCUCAACAGCUUCGUGUUCCUGCUGCCUUCACAGAGCGGAGAGAUGACCAGCAUGGUCGUGUCUAUCCUCCUCAGCUUCCAGCUGUUUCUGUCCAUCAUCAGAGAUCCCCUGCCCGAGAACUCCUUGACCGUCAGCCUCUUCAGUCUCUAUGUCUCUCUUGUCAACUUCACCAGUGUCGUCAUCGUCGUUGUCAACAUCAUCCUCCUCAAAAUGAAGGAGAAUCCGACACCGAAAUGGAUCUUAAUUAUGUAUAAGAAAGACAAACGUAAAGUAGAUGUUGAGAUAGGCAAUGUGGAGGAUGAAGAGCAGGGAAGACCAAAGUGGGAAGAUAUUGAAACUAAACUGAACAAGGCUUGUUUUCUAUUUUUCUUUGUGUUCAGUUGUGGUGCAACGGCUGCAACGCUUGGGAUGCUGAUGAUGCUGUAG